AUCAUUGUAAAAAUCAUAUCAAAUGUAUAAAUAAUGGAUAUCAACAUCCAAAAGAUUGUUAUCGUUGCAUAUGUCCAUCCGGUUACGGUGGACGAUACUGUGAACGACGGGCUGAUUCAUUCGGUUGUGGCGAUGAUUUGCGCGCAACAUUUGAAUGGCAAACAUUGAAUGCAAGAAUGGGUAGAUCUGGAAGAUACAAUGAAGACAUGUCAUAUUGCCAUUGGUGGAUUCAG